GUUUUGUGCUGGUGUGUUGGGGUUUUUUUAAGACAGCCAAACUCUGUGUGUUGUUGGAAGACCUUUAUUACAUGCUGAAGUUCAGACUUAGUCCUGAGUUACUAUUCAAAGUAAAUACUUAACCUGUUUCUUUUCUGUUUCUAGCCAAGGUAUGAGUGUCUGUCUAGAAUGUCCAGGUGCGCACAGCAGCUUAGAGACCAUGAUACAAAUCCAUGUGUAGCGGAAACAGAUGCCUCUAGAAGAUGUAUGGAUGACAACAAUUAUAACAAGGAUAUGUGUACUGCUUAUUUUUUGAAGUACAAAAGCUGCAGAAAAUUUUGGCAUGACAUUAUGAUGCAAAGGAAGAGAAAUGGUGUGAAACCAGAGAUGCCCUCAGCAGAAGAGAGAAAGAAAAUUUUGGAAACAAUGGGGAAGCCCUACUGACUAGAAACUUGCACGGAUUGACUGUUUUCAUGACUUAUCAGCAACAAGUUGCCCUUUUAUGAACUGGACUUUACAGCUACCAUAUCUUGGAUUAAAAUAAGCUCUUAAAUUUUGAAAUGUGUGAACUUUCUAGGAUAGAACUUCUUGGUUUUACUCAUACUCCCUGUCAUGGGAACUAGGCCUAUCACUGGAAGACACGGGUAUCAACAGAACUUAUGUCUAGACACUUUGGAAGUAGAAACUAAUUUGCUGUGAAAUGCUAAAUAUAAAGUGACUGGGACUCACAAAAGGCCUGUUUAAAAAGAGGGGGCUGGUGAGUGUUGCAGUGUAGUUCCAGGGAUGGAGCAGGUUGAGAGACUGGUACGUGCACCGUGUUUCUUGCAUCCAGCUAUUCUGCCUAAUAGUAUGGAUUUACCACAUGUGAUCUUAUCACUGUGUUCAUGUGAGUUGUAUUCUGUGUCCCUGGUUUAAAUAAGACUGUUCAUGAACUAAAAUUCCAAAUCCAACAAGCUUGUCGUUAGGUCUGCCACUGCACUUGUUGGUGACAGCAGAAGCUUGUGAUAAAUCAGAUCCCAAGCCUUGCUUGUUACAAGGUUAGAGAGGCUGACUGACUCCUCAGGUCUGAACUGAAUAGUACCUUCUGUGGAUAGUAAAUAGAUACUUUACUGGCAGGGAGGUGGAGGGGGGGAACUUGUAGGCAUGUAAACAUAUACUCUGAGUGACAUGGCAGGUUUAACUAUAGUAUGUCUAUCUAAGACUCUGGACAGCUGAAGCCCUGGGUUUGGAAAUGCUUACUCAUAUGAGACUACAAAGCUUGGUUUGAACAGGUACUCUGAUCUUAAGUAAGACUGAUUCCUUAACUAAACUGAACAACUAAUAAGUGUAAAUGGGUUGCUGUCUAGUGGAAACACUGUUUUGUUAUCUCCUGGACCUUCUGGUGUCCUGGUUUAAAAGCUUGCACCCUGUGGUAAAAGAGAAAAACCACUGUCAUGAGCUCAAGUUCCAUGUGAAAUCCUUUAGGACUUACUGCGAUCAAGCUGGCAGAACUCUGGCUGACCUCAUGGAGGAUGGUGUAAAAGUGUUGUCUCUAUUUAGACUGUUUUGGAAAGACUUCAUGGCUUCCUGUUUCUCCUUCUGUCUGGCUUGUCUUGUUUCUUUCCACUGGAGGCCUAUUUCUAUGCUUAGUGGGAUUUUUAUGCUGUUUCCAGCUUCCCCCUUGUUAUUUGACCUGACUGGUAACUAAGGGAGAUCUGUUUUUCCUCUUCUUUGUCUAUUCUUCUUAUACAUCUGAGUUUUGAAAUGGAUUGAUCAUACCCCUUUUUGUUACUCAAAUGAGUGUGUAACUCUAUGCCUUUUGAGUAUGCAGUUCUCUGAGCAUAGCUGUGCAGCCUCCAAGCCAUAUGACAAGUUUUCUAGUCGGUUUUGGCAAGGGAAGUAGACUUUCUUCAAUCAAGAUGAUCAGAUUCUUUAUUUUAAAUUACUUUCUCUGCACUUACAGUUCAAACUUUGCUGACUGUUUUUUGUUGUGGAACAGAGAAGAACCUUUCAUGAUAGAUUCAAAAGUGCUUCCUUGUCCACCACUACCUUGUCACCUUCUUCCAAUGCCCUCUUACAUACCAGUCUUUGCCUUUUUACCCAUUUGGCACUAAUUCUUUUUUACUGAUUUGAGCAUUUGGUCUGUUCUGACUCCAACUUUUUUUUUUCCUAGUAGCUUUGUUCUGUCUCUGAUCUAAUGAUGUAGUUCUGCAAUGACUUUCUAACGGGAAGCUCUUCUUGAAGGUACUGUGUUGUGUUCUUCCUCUCUUAGUGAGAGGAGAACUCCUUGCUUUCAUUAGUCUUAGCUGUAAUGUUUCAUUGGCCAUGCCUCUGUUUGAUCUUCCUGUUCUUCUGCAGUUUUGGGGGAGCUGAUUGUCCCCUUUUCCUUAGGGCUGUGUCUUGACUCUUGUUUUUGUUGCCUUGCUUGUCUAAGGGCAUCUUCUCCCACUUGACACAGAUUUGUCGUUUGGCACCUCUGCUGUAAUUUGGGCAUGUUCUUUGCUCCUAUGGUUUUAGCUACUAUUCUAGUACUUGCUGUUUUCCUGUUGCUGUGCUCUUAUGUUCUGGGCUUACAUUAAAAUCUACUGUAUGUUUUAGUUCUAUGCAAGAAAAAGAAUAUUCUGUCGAUGUGAUUAUGCUGAUUCUUCUUUGCGUAAGCUCAGGUUCCUUAAAGUCAUCUCAUUUAUCCUACAUUUUCCUUUCAAUUUUUCUUUGUGUGGAAAUGGCCUUUCUUUUAGGUUAAUUGUUGCAUUUACAGGGUUUUUUCUGCCAAUAUUUACUUGGAAAGUUUCCACUGGUUUUGUUUUCUUGUAAAGGAUGUCUGACUUAUCUUUAGACUUCAAUAGGUACCCUGUACUGCUUUGUAGAAUGUUUGCAAAGAACUAGUACUGGACUUCAGGAAGUCCAAAAAGGAGAUGCGUUCCCUGCUUUCAAGUAUCAGUGCAAGAAUGUGGGAUCACAGGACAGGCUAAGGCACAUGUAAUGCAAGAACAGUAUUCAUUCUAAUAUUAGACUUCCUGAUCAUCAGUGGACACACAUGGUAAGCUCCCUGUGGCUGUUACAACAAAGUUUCAUUUAGUGAAGAAUUGAGGGCACUUUGAGCAGUGACCUUGUAGACUUACUUUGGGUAAUCCGCCAUCCAUUGUAGGGAAUGCCAUUUAUUCACUUAUUUCCAUUGCAUAUGCCUUAGUUACUGUUAAAUAACACAACGUCACAAAAAAUCUGGGAAAUCAAGAAGUUUUAUUUCUCAUGUCCUAAUGCCUCUCGAGUAAUCCAUUAAGUCUGGGUUUUCAUCAUUUUUCCCCCUCAUUGCUGUUCUUGCUUUCACUACUGAAGCUCAAAAGUGGUAAGUUAUGAUAGCUAAAACAUAGGCUCUUAUGUAUGAAAUGAUUGAGGUUUUUUUUCCAUUAAUUUUUGUCGUGUGAUUAACUGUCUUUGGUUGUGAGCCAAAGAUAAUGGUCUUUUCCUCAUACCUGAGAGCUUAUAUUCCACACUUCACUGAAACACUGAGGUAAGCUGUAGCCUGCCAGUCUUACUAGGCACGAAUAAACUGGCCUGAAUUCUUCAUUUUGCUAAAGCACUCUUGUGUACCAGCCCAGAACACAUAACAUGGUGGACCGAUAUAAUUAAUUCAGAAGCAGUGAAAAGACCUGUGGGCUUGUUUUUUGUUUAAUAGGUGUAAUUAUUUUCCCUGUGGUACAAGGACCAAAUCUGGAUAGGGGUGUUAAAUUUUAUUUUUUUUUUUUUAUUCAACAGCUGGAUGGUGCUGUUGCACAACAGUCUAUGAAAACAGAAUCACUCCACCCACUACUGGCUCUUUCAAGUUUUUUUAGCCUCUUCCCACAGAGAGUAGAAUUCAUGCAGAAGAAGGGGAAGAUCGGUGCUGUCUCUACAUUAUAAACAGAAGAAGACAGGAGUCUAAAUCACUGCUGGAAAAUAGGAGGUUUCUGUGCAGCCUAAGAGACUUUGGAAUAUGGUCCUUGAAAGACCAUUUUUUUUACUGUGGUCAUUUGAUUGCAGCUGAGCACCAGCUACAGUCUCUCUGCUGGGCCCAGGUCCAUGUCCAGACUCCCGUCUACACAUUUUACCGUCUUACCUUUCCCAUUACCUUACAGUGCAGGGCCUUUAGCUCUGGAAAUUUGCUGAUGUAACUGGGAUGAGUCUGUCCUCUUGAAGGUGUUCGAAGUAAUCUAGCUCUAGAGUCCUGAAGACUUGAUGUUUAAUAGCUGAAGCUUUGAAAAGUGGGGAGUUGCAUGUGCUGCAGCUCUGAGUCUAUUUCAUGGGUUUCUAAUAAAACCUUCGCAGUCAUGUGUGACCAAGGGUAUGCAUAUAGGGGAGGUUUCCCUAAAAAUCCUGCAGAACAGAUUUACUCUGUUGUAAUGCCUUUGGAGGCAGCCCUGCAUCUGUAGUCAGUCUUCCAAAAUAGCUAUGAAAAAGUAAUCGCAGUAUGUAAAAAGUUUGGAAAAAAUAGUACACUUACUGCAGGUUUUUAUUCUCUUGCUAGAAUUUGAGGUAACUGGAGGAAAUAGUUCAGUAAGUAUUAAAGUAGUAAAAAGUAAAUCAAGCCUACUACUACAGAGGAUUUUUAUUUUUGUUGCAGCCUAUUUGAUAGGAAAAAUGUUGGGAGUAUUUAUAAAGACUAAAUGCAGUAAGUCAGUAAAAUCUUAGUAUGUUUUUUAAACAUUUGAUGGGAUGUAUAUGGAAAUAAGACUCAUCAGAUUUUGAGUAAUUUAUCUCCAUCCUCCUAUCUCAAAAUCCUUUUCUCAGUAGUUUCAGUUUUAAGGCCUUCAAUGUAACAGUCCUUAAGUCACAGAAUUGCUUCCCUUUUGACAACUGAGCUACUAAACUGAGUGCAGCUAACUUGAAAUUCCUUUGCAAUUUCCCUGUCUCUCCCUUCAGCAUCCCUUUCAAUAAGCUUAGCCUCUUGUUUUCCUCACACUGAUGUUAUUUUCUGCCCUGUGGACACCAUUUUCCUAUUACAUUACUUUAAAUUUUUUUUUUACUCCUGUACAUUACUGUUUCAUCUCCUGAUUUCUGUAUUACCUUGUUGCUUUUAUCAAUUACAUUGCUUUCCAUUCUGUCUUGCAACUUUGUGAUCACCGUCCAUGCCUGAGGUUCAGAGUUCAUCUUGGAGGUUUCAUUCUACAGCUUUAUCCUACCUAAUUGGCUUUCAUGUACUCAUCUCUUUCACAGCUAAUAGCCAUUAGCUCUGUCUGAAAUACGUUCCUGCUUAUAUAUGCAUUAUACAACUGACUUUUUUUCCCCCCCAAGUGUCUUGUUCUUUACAAGGCUUAUCUUCCUCUUCAACCUAGAAAUCUUCUUCUGUAGCUAAUUCCCUGUGAUUUAAAAAAAAAAAAGGGCUAAUUAAGUAUAUAUAUAAAAUGCUAAUGAGGUAGCUAGUGAAAAAAAUCUCCCUUAUUUUUUAAAUUGUGGUAGCCCUUUCUCAAAAAAGCUUUCCAGGUUCAUUGUAUGGUGGUGCAUCAUGUUUAAUUCAGCCUGUCAGGUCCUUGAGCAGCAACCUGCCACUUCUUAUUAGUCUGUAGAAUGCUGUACACAGCUGUGGCACUGGAGAAACAGUAAAAAUAAUACUGAAAUUGGUUAGUCUGAGAGCUAUGACAGAUUUUCAUGUCUUUCUGAUAUUGAAGGAACAUGGCAGAUGGCCUAAUUAUUAUUAGCAGUUCCUUCCCUAGGAAAUCUCUUCUGAGGAGAGACAUGAGGCCCAUUUAGUAUGAAACACUCCCACACACAGCAUCAGGAGAAAUUCCUUAAUUAUAUAAUAUCUAACAAAAUCAGACAAGUUGGGUGGCAUGGCUCUUCCAUCAAUAGGACUGAAGUUUCUUUUGGUUUUUUUUUUUUUAAAAGCUGAUAAAGUCUUCAUGGUCAAGCUAGGCAUGAAUCUAUUUUUGUCUGAGAGCAUUAUUUUAAAAAAACAAUUUUGAAAAUCAUUUUCUAUAUCUAGGCUUUUUUCUCUUUUUGCUUAGUAAAGUGUGAUAUUAGCCUUAACUUCUAGGUCCUUUAUACCCCAAAGGUUUACUAAUAUUCACAGCCUCUCUAUUUCAGGGGCUGCAUGUUUUUUUUUCAGCAUUCAAUGUGAGCAGAUUCUGCCUAGAGCCCCAACCCUAAUCUAUUUAAAUCUAUAUGGAGCUAUUCCACAACCUGCUAUUGUUGUUUGGGUUUUCUUUAAAUUCAAACAUUAAUUGCGGGUGAAUUUUUUUUGCAUUGCACUAUUCUUCCAACCAUUCUUCCAACCAUUACUCUCUCUUCUAAGUCCCACUACCCCUGGGCUACCUCUUUACCCAUUUACAUAAACAGCUAUGCAUUGCACAAACUUCCCGAUACUUAAGUGACUUCAGCAGAACACAGACUUGAAACAAAAAUGAAAAUUGCUCAAUCUCUGAUUUUUAAUGUUUUCAGACAGUUUCAAAACGAUCUUGCCUCUUUGGUAUUUCUUCUGGGUCAUAUUAGUGGAUAGAAGCUAUGAGCCACUUUUUGAAGCUACUGUGUAACAAACAUUUUCUGUUAAUGCCAAACUCUUAUUUUACAGAGAAAACACUUUUACCCUGUUAUGGUAAACAUUGCCACAAUUAUUACCUCUGAUUUUAGCUUUUUCUUUGUACUACAUAUUUUGUUCUCGUUGUCUUGUAACAUCCUCAGUGGAACAGAAAUGCAUGUGUCUUGGACUACCAGUUCUUUAUGUGUAUCUCUCACUGCUCAGGUUUUUUUUACACCUUCUCCAAUAUACUUUUGGUUUUUACUAAAGGUUUUUAAAUUCAGCCUUUGCUUUUGGGAAGACACUGUUAAAUCCCUGUAUUUCAGCACCUUAACUAUGCCAUGUUUGUUUUGUGUUUUUUAACACUUCAUGUGACUCUUCCCUAGCAUAAAAAUGGUUCAUUGCCCUGUAAAAUUAGUCAAUCUCAGUCACUGCAAAACACAAUUUCAUGUGUGCUAUGGAUCAAUAGAUUCAAAAUGGAAAGUAGAAAAAUCAACAAAUUUUUAAAAAAGAACCCUCUUUUUAAACUUACUGUUACUGGAAGGGAUAAAAAUAAAAGAUCUAACUGCUUUUCAGUAAAAGCAGUUGAAUAUAAAUGUUGGAUGAUGCCAAAAAUAUCUGCAGACUAUACAGUUUGGAAACUAUGGGUUGGGUCAGAUUUUUGUUGUCUAUGCGUACAACAAAAUUGAACUAGUAUUUGUCAAAAAUCAGCAUUCUGUGUAUAGAUAAUGCUGCACUGUGUUAUUUCAAUGGGUUAAAAACUGCACUUCAGAGUUCUGAUAUGGAAAACAACUGUAAGAUGAAUAAGAAGAUGUAAUGACAAGAAAGAUUAUGCUCAAGAUAGAAAAGAGGUACUCACUGAAUGUACUAAAAGCAAUUCACAGCUCUAAGAAAGUUAGACUAAUACAAAUAAGGGGCAUGAGCUCAAGCUUUAAAAUGUAAGUAUGUGAAGAAUCUAAACAUUUUUCAUUGCAAUUGUUUUGUCAAAAAGGAUUUUGCAAUGCUUUUGCAGAAAUAGCCUGCUGGUAAUAUUUUUUUUUUUAUUGUGCCACAUGUGAAUCUCAAUUUUUCUUGCCUUGAAACAUGUGGACCCCUGAGCAGUCUUUGGCUCUGGACUUGCAUGCAGCUGUUGAAGUGAUCAGUGAAUGUGGCUGCAUGUGAAAAGUAGGGUGACAGGAGUUUUGUGGCAUUUUCUCCUGAUUUUUCUAACAGUAGAAUUGAAUGAAGUUGCUGCACUGGAAUAUGUUAGCAAUACAGUGCUUGCUUCAAUAUGUAAGUAACAAAAGGAUGGAAUGAAGAUAAGGAACAGAUUUUAAAGUAGGGUCUGUGCUAUGAAUUGUCAUGUCCUGUAGUAUCAGUCUUCAGGGCUUUGGCUCUAGGUUUCCUAGGGGUGAACGGAUUCAAUCAGACAUUACUGAUGGUCUAAGAAAUGCUGUGUUUUAGCAGUCUUCUGCUUGACAGAUAAACAAAGGCAGUCUGUUAAAUAUUUAAGUUAAAUAUGAUAGUUUAAGAUCCUGGGCUGGUCCUAUACAGGAUGGAAGAAUCACUGACUCUCAAAAUGUAGAUCCCUAAGGGCCUGCUCACCUGUUGGCUGUCUCCAUGUGCAGACAUGUAAAGCUUGUGGGUGCCAAACACUCUGACAUCAGAAGUCCCUGGUGCUUCAUGUUCUGCUUUUGACUUUGCUGCUAGCAGUGCUGAUGGACUGGGUGUCUCUCCCCACCGUGGCACUGCAGCAAUUUAUGGAAUACCCAUUUCACCUCAUCAGCCCUGCAGAGUGAUUGUAAAGUGUGCUAGUGUGUGGGUGAGCAGAAGGAAAUAUUUUUUUUUCUUGCAAUGUGUUACUUGACAGUCAUAUUUUGUGAUGCCCUUCAGCAACUGUCAUUCCAAGUCCCUUGUUCCUGUUCUCCAUCUAGUGCCUCUUUGUGAUCCCCACUGUCAGUGCUGGUUCAGGGCUCUAGCCUGGACAACAUAGCUGCAAAAUAGAGAAGGGAAAAUGGGGGAGAAGGGAAGACUGCUUCUUUUCAGCCCAGCUGGACCCCUGAGCACCUCACUAUGCAGCUGCAGCCACACUUUGCCCCUGGGCUGGAAGGGACAAUGUAGAGUGUCUGAGUGAGCAGCAAAAGACAGGGAGCAAACGCUGAAGCCACAGCUGCUGUCACAGGUCACGCAAGGCUUUCUGUGCCUGAAAAAGGGGCUUAGGUAUCCAAUGCUGUGAGUACACGGGCUGUGGUUCUCGAGGUGGCAGGCAGAUAAAACCUAGAAGGAGCCACGAUUUCCUAGCAUCUCCAGCUGGGCAGUGUAAAUAGUCAUCUUGACAAUGUGCCAGUCUUUUUAGUCCUAGAUGUGAUUGAACUGCAAUCAAGUGCUGCAGGCACACACAGAUGAGUAGGGAAGCACUGAACAGGCUCAGUGGUAGGUUUUACCUACCUGUGUGUGAAAAGCUGUUCUCAGGCUUCUGCCCUCUAAAUUUUAAUGUUCAAAACCCUGAGAAUCAAUUAUGUUAAUAAAUACUUUAACACCUCAGCACUUUUAGGGUUGCCGUGGGACAAGAAGAGUUCACAAAAUGCUUUCAUUUUCUGUGGUGUAGAAAAAUUGCCAGCCAGGAGUUGGCAGAGAGCAUCAGUAUCUCUCUUGGUCUCUUCCAGUUGGCAGCUGCAGAAGAUCAGCCUGCUGGAAAAGCUGCUGUAAAGCUGGAUGUUUGCAAACAGCCAGCUGCUCCUUGUGUCAGGGAAAUGUCAAUCUCAGUUUGACCCAAAUAGGUACAGGUCUGCCUGAUUUCGUACUGCUCUGGAAAUACGGACUGAUCAUUUCUGAAUGUGCUGGUGAGGUCACUUGUUGCUGAUUAUUGCUACCAGUUGGCCUCUGUAUAGAAGCGAGGAGUUGACACCUUUUAAAACCAGAACAACUUGAUAAUUUAAAAGGUUAAUGGAUUCAUUUAUGGCUUUGUUUGCAUCCCCUAUCAGGUCUAGAGUUGCUGUUCACUUGUAGAGAAUGAUUUUAUGUGCAAGUUUUUCCUCAUAAUUUAUUUCCAUUUCAGCUUUUGACAUUGCUAGAUUCUGCACCAACCCAAGAGAAAUAACAUUUUCUGUUCACUAAGGGAUUAAUACUUUCGAUGAGACGUUUCUGACACAGGAGGUUCACAGAUGUUCUUGCACAAGCCUUUAAAAGGACAUUUGACAUGUGGUGUUGCAAGAACAUAUUCAGCAAAUUUUAGGUAAGCAAAAUGACUUAAUAAAACACUUUUCAUCGAACCAGUUGGAGACAAAUCAAGUACUUUGCCAAGAAAUUUAUUUUUAUUAGUGCAGUAUAAUUUGGUGCUUACUAAGCUAUCUGGGUCAUGCAGUGUUUUGGAGGGGAAGGAGCAGGGUUGGUGGCAUUGGGAGGUUUCCCGCUGAAAGAGGGCGGCUCUGCUGGGGGCACAGCAGCUGCCCUUACUGCAGAGCUGCUCCUCCUCCGGGUUUUUAAAGAAGGGAUCGAUACUGUGCUACACAACCCAUCCCUGAAACUUGAAGGAAAAAAAAAAUCGUAAUUUGAAACAAAAGCCAAAGAAAGGUGAGCUAUUUCAUACGUCUGCUUCACUGCCUUCCAUUUCAGCAGCGGUAAAAAAAACCUGAGAGGGGCUGGAGUAGGAAGUUGUAACACCACCAGAAAGCGUUCUAGGACUCUGCUUCCUGUCUCACAGUAAUUUCAGGGUUUUCUAACAAGGGGAACCAUUCACUGUGUUAAAUUCACACGCAUAAACCCUUUUGUGGGUAGUGAAUGCUUUGGCAUAUGCGAAGUUCUUCUUUCAAAAGCCCAUAUUCAAUACAGAUUUCAACACUUCUGGACAGGAAGUCAUCUCUGUAUCCCCAAAGACUGAGAACCAUGAAAGUUACGUGCUUUUUAUAGUUAAGUGUGACUUCUCCAAAGAGGAAUGAUUGCACCAUGAGGAAGGAUUCCACACCCCCCCCCCCCCCCCCCCCCCCCCCCGAAAUUGCCUGCUCAUAUCACUUUCAGUAGAUAAAGAUGGGGGGGCGGGAUUCAGGAUACCCUGUAUCUUCACAGUGGGUCUUGGAUGAGACAUUACAGAUCACAUGCUUUUGAUUUUUGUCCCACACAGAGCCUGUCAGGCAGCUCAUAGAUAACAUUGACUUCCACAGCAUUUAUCCAAAUGACCUUAAAAUGAGUUAAUGAGGAAAAAAAAAAAAGUUAUAGCCUUCCCUUCACCACAUUAACCCCCUGAAGAGUUGCAUAAAGAUCAGAUUUGAGAGAUAGGAAGAAGACUUUGUUUAUAUUCCCCUUAUUUACAUUACAGCAGUUGUUUAAUAUGUCCUGCUGUUUCUGGGUAGGUAGCACUUUCUGAGUGUGAAACGCAGCUUACUAGACUGCCAGAAUGACAGUUUCACACUGCAUUAUGAAGGCAGAUCCUUAGCAUGGCUUUUCUUAGAGUAAGGCAUCUACAAGUCUUUUGUUUCAUGGCCCAUGAUCCCACUUUAACCUAUCACUUCUACCUUCAUUACCCAGCAUAUGCUGACUAUUCUGACUACUCUGACUACUUUUGUCAGGUAGGAUUUAAUAAGUCUUUCUUGAUGUUAUGUGAAAUAAUCAGGCAAACCAUUAUUAGAUGUCACUACUUCAGCCACUGGACUAAGUUUUGUUAGCAAAGUGAGAUAGAAAGUAAUUUUAUUUUGUAGUAGCAUUUCAUUGUGAGGGUAUCUGUUUGCCAAGUUAAUUUUUUUUUUUUUUAAUAUACAUACUCUGUGGAGUGUGCCAUCAUUGCCUGAUUUCUGAAGCUGAAACAAUAUUGGUUUUCUUCCUAGUCACAUGUUUCUUGUUAAGAAGGAGUUUUGAUUUGGUGCUUUUAAAAUUAGAAGCAUAUUUUGAUUCAAUUUGAUUAUUUUUGAAGUUUAGCAACUCUGACAACAGAAAAAACUUCUAAAACCAACUACUUAAAAAAAUCUGGACAAGUCAAAAUAAAUGAAACAAUGCCAACUAGUUGUCCUUCAAUAACCUCAUUGUAUUUUAUCUUCUCUUUCUUCUAACAGUAUUAUCCACUAAUAUAACCCAAUAAAGAUAUUUCAGUUACUGUGUCCAUAAGCUAGUCCUUCCUGAGAAACAUCCACAUUCAUACAAUCUGAGCCAGCAACUUACAUGCAUAUGAAUGUUCAUUAAUUUCACUGGUAGAUCUGAGAGAAACUGUUAGAUUGUAAGGACUGAGCUGCAGCCUUGAAUGUUUCUGGGUGGCUGGUAGCAAGUUUACUUCUGUGAGACAGAUGAGAAACACUUAAGCUAUCAUACUAGUUACAUUUAAGAAAAUGCAUUGCUUGUGCCAAGGCAUUUAGAUAUUGUUCUUCCAAAUGAACCUCAGAAUGUCCUGAGUUGCUGUAAAUGAUAGCAGCCUUUUGAAAUGUUCCCUUUUUGCUAAACAGAAUCAGAGCUGUUGGAGAUGCAAGUGUGAUAUCCUGCUUAUCUGGGGGCAUAGCAAACAGCAUUGCUGAAGAUUAGCUUCACCUAUAAACAUUGAAAGAAAGCGUCCAAAGCUCUGGCCACCCAGCAGAGUUAAAAUGCAUUCUGAUUCAGUAAAGACAGCAGUAGGAAACCAAAGUAAUUUUUUUCCAUUUGUAAGAAGCCAAAUCAUGUAACUGGUAUUUUUUUCCCCUCAGGUACUGGAAAAACCUAAUUCCUGAGAGGGAAAAAAAAAAAAAAAAAUUACAUCUGCUAGUAGGUCUUUGUUUCUUAUGUCUGCCCUGAAUUUUACCCUGCUAUCAAGGACAGCUAAGAUGUUAUUAACCAAGAGCAAAAAAAAAACCCCUUCCAAAUUCUUCAUACAGACCAUAUUCUACCAGCUGUGUUGAAAUAAAUGAUGCAGGGAAUGGCAGCUAAUGGCACUUCUGAAAAGGACAUCUCUAACCCUAUUAUGAACACUGGUAGUUUCCAGGUAAACCUAUACCCAUGGUUUCAUUGUUCAAACUUCUAGGUCUCCUUCCCCUAAAAAGCAACCAACCAUCAAUACCCACAACAAAACCAGAGAAGAAACCAGCACACAUCUUAAGUAAGUAUUUACAUGUCAGUGUUGACUGUAUGUGUAUAAUCAUGUGCAUGAAGCAAUCAUAUUCUAGCUCUCAAAACUAGAAGUGUAUUUUCCCCCCUUUCUUUAAGAUGUGUUUAAAAUAUUUGGAUGUUAGCUAACUAUCAUUUGUGAGGAUAGUUCAAGCAAGGGGAAACAGAACGGGGAUAAAAAAUUGAGAGUAUUUGCAGGCUUGUUUUGGUAUUUAAUAAUAGAACUAUGGUUUUAUAUUAAAAAAAAUUUACAAUAAAUCAUCCCAAAGAGGGGUUUUAUUGUCAAUGUAAAAUCUGGCUUUUU